AUGUCUCCUGCAGUUGCUCACGGUUCCGCAUCCUCGGAUGUCAAGAAGGAAUCUGCCACUGCUCGUCUGCUUGGAUCAGGAACCGCUGGUAUUGCGGAACUCCUCGUCUUCCACCCUGUUGAUACCACGGCAAAGCGUUUGAUGAGCAACCAGACACGAAUUACGUCCUCCACUGGUUUCAACCAAGUCGUCUUCAAGGAGUACGCCACUGCCUCAGUGGGCCGCAAGUUCACCUCUCUCUUCCCCGGUUUGGGAUAUGCCGCUGGUUACAAGGUCCUCCAACGUAUCUACAAGUACGGUGGUCAGCCGUUCGCUCGCGAUUAUUUGGCGCAGCACUAUGGUGCCGAUUUCGACAAUGCUUUCGGAAAGGGUACCGGAAAGGCUAUCAUGCACGCAACGGCUGGAAGUGUGAUUGGCAUUGGUGAAAUCGUCCUGCUCCCUCUCGAUGUUCUGAAGAUCAAGCGUCAGACAAACCCCGAAGCCUUCCGUGGCCGUGGCCUCUUCAAGAUUAUCUCCGACGAGGGUAUGGGACUUUACCGUGGCGCUGGCUGGACUGCUGCUCGUAACGCCCCUGGAUCAUUCGCUCUUUUCGGUGGAUCUGCUUUCGCCAAGGAAUACAUCUACGCUCUGGAGGACUACAACAAGGCCUCGUGGUCUCAGAACUUCGUCGCCUCCGUCUGCGGUGCUAGCGCAUCUCUUAUCGUUUCCGCUCCCCUCGACGUGAUCAAGACUCGCAUCCAAAACCGCAACUUCGAGAACCCCGAGUCUGGCUUCCGUAUCGUCUCCAACAUGAUGAAGAACGAAGGUUUCACGUCUUUCUUCAAGGGUCUGACGCCUAAGCUUCUGAUGACCGGACCCAAGCUCGUUUUCAGCUUCUGGCUGGCUCAGACGUUGAUUCCUGCCUUUGGCCAGGUCGUAUAA